UGCGCGACCCACUGAUCCCUCCUUUGCCAAUCUUGCGCACUCGCUUAUCAGCUGCCUGUCACUUGUCGAGCUGCCGAAUUUCGACUAAAAUUCGACCCCAAAUGGCAACGACCCUGCAGCGAGUGAGUCUCCUGGCUCGGCGGGCCUUCGCGGGCCGGGCCUCAUACUUCACCUACAGCCCAGAGCCGGCCCAGCCCCUCCCGGGCAGGCAACCCGAGUGGCUCAGCGCAGACGAAGCGGUCAAGCUCAUCAAAUCCGGGCACACCGUUUUCGUCCAGGGUGCAGCAGCCACCCCUCAGGCGCUGGUCAAGGCCAUGACCAAGCACGGCAAGGAGAACAACCUGCGGGGGGUCACCGUGUGUCACAUGCACACCGAGGGUGACGCCGACUACACCAACCCUGAUUGCGAGGGCAUCUUCCGCAGCACGUCCUUCUUCAUGGCCAAGAAUGUGCGCAAACCUGUGGCCGAGGGCCGCUCCGACUGCAUUCCCAUCUUCCUCUCGGAGAUCCCUCUGCUCUUCCAUCGCAAGAUCAUCAAGCCCGACGUUGCUCUCAUUCAUGUUUCUCCUAUCGACGAGCACGGCUACUGCAGUUUGGGCACUAGUGUGGACUGCGUCAGGGCUGCCUUGGCCCAUUCGAAAUUCAUCAUUGCUCAGGUGAACCCUCGCAUGCCCCGUACCUUUGGAGACGCCACAAUCCACUCCUCGCACUUUGACGCCGCCGUCAAGGUGGACGUUCCUCUGCCUGACCAUGCAGGCAAGCCCCCGACCGCUGUCGAGGCCAUGAUCGGCAAACUGGUUGCCGAGAACUUGGUUGAGGACGGCGCCACCCUGCAGAUGGGCAUCGGCAGCAUCCCCGACUCUGUGCUCUCCCAACUGCACAACCACAAGGACCUGGGCAUCCACUCUGAGAUGUUCGCCGACGGUGUUGUUGACCUGGUUGCCAAGGGCUGCAUCACCAACAACAAGAAGACAAUCAACAAGGGCAAGAUCAUCGGCAGCUUCCUCAUCGGAGGACAAAAGCUUUACGACUUUGUCGACAACAAUCCUUUCAUUUCCAUGAUGAAUGUUGACUAUGUCAACAGCACUUCUGUCAUUGCCCAGAACCCUAUCAUGACUGCCAUCAACUCUUGCAUUGAGGUUGAUCUUACUGGACAGAUUGUGUCCGACUCUAUUGGCACCAGAAUGUACUCUGGUUUUGGAGGUCAGGUUGACUUUAUCAGAGGUGCAGCUGAAGGUCUGGAUGGACGUGGCAAACCAAUCAUUGCUCUUCCUUCUGUGACUGUGCGCGGUGAGAGCAAAAUCAGCCCAGUCAUCAAAGAAGGCGCUGGUGUUGUGACCACCCGUGCCCAUGUGCAUUACGUCGUAACUGAGCAUGGCAUCGCCCACCUGUUCGGACGCAACCUGCGUCAGCGUGCGCACGCCCUGAUUAACGUGGCGCACCCUGACCACCGCGAGACCCUGGAAAGGGCAGCUUUCGAGAGGCUGAAGGUGAUGCCGUCUGCGUGAAGAAUUAAGCCAGUGACACUCACCUAGCACUUGCCUUUCUUCGCAAUUCCAUUUUAAAACGUACCGACUCUUCUCUUCAUUACUCAGUCUUGUUUUCGGUGCAUUUGGGGAAAUUCUUGUUAAUCUUGAUGGAAAAAAUACUUUUUCUCUAGAGCCUAGUCGAUCAGCAACGAGUCUGAUAAACAAAACAAAAAAUAACAAAUUCUUCUAUUGUUAGCAAUAAUUCAAUUCUGUCUACCUGAGUUCACUGAAACCUGAUUGACGCCAGCCAGUUUAAUCAAAAGUAACUUGCACGCCUCUGGCUCAAAAGUAAUAUACAAAAAAAAUCUUCAUUCUUUCAAUAAGAGGCAUAUGUGUAUCGCCAUCCUAUGUUAAAGUAGGCUGAAAAUGUUUCACCUUAUCGUCUAUAAUGUUACUAACGGACAGUGAGAAAAAAUUUUGUAGGGGGUACAAAAUAUUUAAACUAAUGAACGAUUUUAAUGUUUCGCGUAAAAACAAUGCACUUAUGUGGCCGCCUUUACUGCGAUAUUUUAACGCCAAUAAAGAUGAGCAACUAACGAGUAGGACAACUCGAGAAA